AUGGUGUACUGCAUGCCGCGCCCUGGGUGGACGGCCGCUAGCCACCGACGUUGGGCAUUCGAUCAGCUGCGCGGCGUGUAUGCUUGGAUGGAAUGGGGCAGGAUGUUUGAGUUCGACAUUGCGGGACCUCGCGCAGAACGAAAAUCGAUCACAGAUGUAAUCCAGUGGAGGGAGUGGGUGAAUCGUGAAUUCCAGGGUGGACGUGUUGAGGUGUAUUACUAUCUGGGGACACUGGGGACACUGUCCGAGCCCCUUGACUUUCCGCUUACCGUGGACUGGACAGAGGCCGACACCAGUGAUCCUCGCAAAAGGUGGAAUACAAUUUUAAAUGAAGACAAGUGGGCGCAGUGGAAGGAGCGCAAGUUCAACGACCAGCCCGUUUCCGUCAAGGCGUACCGUUUCGCCACACAGCUCACAGGCCGUCCAGGAGAACUUGUGACACAGGAUUCGUGCCGCAAGUACGAGCCCUCGAAAGAUGAGUUCCCGCUCUCCGUAAAGUGGACAGCUACCAGACACGCGUAUACUAGCUUGCGCGGUUGGCAGGUGAAAUCGUCUGAGCUUAUGGACGAAAUUGCAGAGUGUUGCAGCAUGCAGUUAUUGCUGGAAAUGCAGCUCGUGAAUCUCCAGGACUACAGGAGGGUCUGGAGCCUCCUCGACAAGUAUACCAGCCAGCAUACAGGGAUGACUCCACGAGGUCCGGUUUGGAGGGCGGAAGCAGAAGUCGUACAGGCGGUGCACACGCUCAUGAACGACGCAGUCCUCAUCGCCCGACGAGCCGUUUCGCGUGUCUUCGUUCACGGCGUCUGUUAUUGUGGUGCCUACCUUUAUUUCCAAGUCGUGUUGGCGAAGUCGUUGUGUUCGGGCAGGGGUUGGUAUUGCGAACGCGGCCAGGGCCUUAGGUUCGGAAUCGUUUCGGCGUUUGUGUCGAUGGUCGUGGUGAUAUCGAAAGUUUUCCAAAUCUUGCAAUACAGCUGGUAUGUAUGGAGAGUCAGCAAUCGUUACCAGACGGCACUCAACACAGUUCCUGAUCAGUACGACUUCAUGCAGAAUGAUAUCACAUAUUCCCGGAUGCAGUUCAACCUUCUAUUUUUGAUGAUGGUGAUAGUGUCGGUAUUUUUUGCGUGUAUCUCCACGUGCAUACUCGUCAAGUAUACAAUGUGA